CACAGCGCCAUUUUGCGAUAGUCAGUGUUAUCGAUAGUCAAGUUCUGAACUAGCAUUGUUUUGGUUUUUCUUUGUUUUCAGUUUUAGAAUUGUCGGUCAAUUUACAAUUGGACAAAUGGAGCAGCAGCUAGAAAAAGUGUUGAGUGAAAUUGUAACACAACAAGACACCGUGGGUGUGUUACUGGCGAAUCGGCAAGGGCUCUGCUUGGGCGCCAAAGGCAAUAUCAAUCCCAAUGUAUCUGGCAUUGGUAUGGCCAUAUCCGAGCAGGUGGCAAAGCUGGAGCCGAAUAGCACUGUGCCAGCCACCGUUUGUCUCUACAGCGGCAAUAAGCGCUGUCUUAUUCAAAAGGAUGGCGAAAUAACGGGAAUCAUUUAUAAGCAAACAACAACAGCAUCGACAUCAACCAGCAAUUAGCAUGCUGUCGUGUUCCUAGUGUCUUGGGCCAAAUUGAGACAAAUUUCUUCCAAAUGCGCUCGAGUAUUGCAGCCAUAGCUGGGAUAGCCAUAUAGCGACACAUACACAGCCUUAGCAGCACACCCACUCACACCCACCCACACACACACACACACACAGCCACAGCGAUUGUUAACUUGAGCUGCAGACUUUGUUGAUUUGUUUUAAAUGGCGUUUAUUGGCUUGUGUAAUUUCUAUUUUUUUUUAAUGAUCAUAAUGUAUUAUGGUUCUACUGUUGUAAACAAAAGUUUAAUUCGACAUUUAGGUAGCAUAUAGAUAUAAACAUUUUGUACGAUUAGGCUUAAAAGUGAUCAAAAACUAAAAUCACACAUACAUACACACACAUACACACAUAUAUACAUAUUAUACAAAUACAUUGUAAGCGCCAAAAACAAUCAUUGUACAAAUUGUUUAAAUUGACUGCCGUUGGCAUUGAACUUGUUUCAGCCGCAUCAAUUGAGCUGCUUAAUGCCGUUAAAGCUUUGUUACAUAAUUGCAGUAUGUAAGUCCAAUUGUCAUUAAAGUAGAUUAUUUAAUAACCACUACGUGACGUCAACAAACGUUUAAUGACCUUUAAACUUUAAAUCCAAAGGUCAACUCUUCCGAAUGGUUAUAGAUGCAAUGGUUUUUCGAUCAAGUGUUUAUAGUCAGAUCUGAUCUUCAGAUCUGUCCUUUAUGUUUAGCUUUUUAUGGUAUUUUAUUAGAAAGUAAUUUACUUAUAAUAAUAAUUCACUUAUAUCUGCGCUAUUUUAUUUUCGCUUUCGACCUUAUAGAAAUCCGUAUUUGCCAGCCUCAACUAUUCAAAGCUUCCAAAACCAGGCACAGCAAUUGUUUCACAUAGCCAUAAGCCAAUAUGCGAGUCUUAUAGCUUAAGUAGCCAUUCAUAUAAGUUCCUAGCUUAUAAUGAUAAUA